CCUGUCAGAAGGCAGAGAGAUUUGUUUCGGUAUUGUAGAUAUGAAGGCUAUUCUCUCCCUCUCAUCUGUUCUGCUGGCUCUGAAGCUCUGCUCAGGUGAGUGGUGCUACCAGAGCCAGCUAUCCUGUAACCACACAUGUGAAGGGCCUUCAGAGUGGAAAAUAAAUUAUACUAAUUGUGGAGGUCAAAAACAAUCACCCAUCAACAUCAUCACAAGCAGAGUGAAGUAUGACCCAAAACUGACCAGUUUUAUCUUUGAUGGUCAUAUGGAUGCUUUCAAUAUGAGAGUGGAAAAUCAUGGACAUUCAGCUCACUUCACACUUCCUCCAUCUACACAUCUCAGUGGCGGAGGUCUGAAAGGCAAAUACAAGGCCGUCCAGUUUCACCUGCACUGGGGAGAAAAUGGCAGUCAGGGCUCAGAGCACUCUGUGGAUGGGGAGCGUUAUCCCAUGGAGCUGCAUAUUGUUUACAUUAGAGAAGAGUACAUCAACUUGACAGAGGCACUAAAAAACUCUACAGGGGUGGCAGCACUCGCCUUCUUUUUUGAGGUGACUGCAGUGCAAAACCAAAAGUUUGACAGAAUCAUAGAGGCUUUAAAAAAAGUCAGACAUGAAAAUACCAGCAGUGAAGUUGAAAACUUUAAACUGACUGACAUCAUCCCUCCAAUCAAUAGCUUAAAGUACUAUCGAUACUCAGGCUCCUUGACCACACCAAGCUGUGAAGAAGCUGUUUUGUGGACGGUUUUUCAACAGACUAUACGCAUAAGCAAAAAGCAGAUGGAAUCAAUGGAUAAGCUGCUAUUAUUCGGAACAGACAAACCAAUGGCUGGAAUAUUCCGUCCUGUCCAGAAUCUAAAUGAACGAGUGGUGUACACAUCUGUGCUUGCCCACAGUCUGUGUGUGCUGCCCAAUCUGAUCACCCUGAUCCUCUGCCUCUUUUGUGUUUUUGGACAACACGGGUGUUUUCACUGAAUGGCACAGAACACAUCUCUUUUAACAGGGGAUGUUCUGUAUUGAACAAUCGAAUGGAAGUUGCUGGAAUGAAUCUUUGUCACUGUGCUAAAUCUGUGAAACUUGAAAAUGGAGGAAAUAUUUCUUUGUUAGAAUUGUUUGGUGUUCACAACUAUUAAUUGUUUCACUGGUACCUCAUUUUAUGUCCUCCAAUAUUCUUAUUUUGUUUUGUAGCUAUCUACAGAGCCCUAAAUCAUUUAUAGAAUUAUAUUAUUAUAUCAUCAUAUAUACAGUGCUCAGCAUAUAUAAGUACACCCCUCACAAAUCUAUCUUUUUAAAGUCAUAUUUUUAAUAGGAAGCUAUACAAUAUUAUAUUUGUGCAUAUACAUUAGAUUAAUCGGUACUGAAGCCAAAUCUGGAGCUUAUCUAAGAAAAUAACUUACGAUAAUGGCCCAAAAACUAGUACAGCCAAAUUUAUGUUAUAGUAAAAUAUUAAAUAUAAAUUUUUAAAAAAGAGGAAAAAUCAUGGGAAGCAAAUAAAAUGAAAAAAUGUAUUUGAAAUUUUGUAGGUUGUAUUUUUUUCCAAUAUUUUGCUUGAAUUUAAUUGUAUUAUCUUUCAAUUUCUAAAUAUGUUUGGUGACUAAAAUAUUAUUUUAAUAAAUAUAUCUGUUUAAUAAAUCUGUUUUGUUUAAAUGCACAAAAAUACAUUGCCUAUAUUCACUGAGAAAUGAAUACAAAUAUUCAUUUUCAAAAUGAGGUGUACCCAAUUAUGCUGAGCACUCUAUGUAUAUAUGAGCAAUAGCACAUGAGUAGCACUAUAAUAUGUCUGUAUAUCAAUAGUCAGUAUUUAGUAAAUUAUACAAUAAUGACUAUGUUAUCAUUCAACAUACUAUUAAGCUGUAAAACUUAACAUCGCAGUCAAAUCUAUUUAAUGAAUCAAACAGAUCAAUGCAACCAAAUGUUGCCUUUAGAUAUUCCCAAAAUGAAUUACAUUUCACAAUAGACCACUAUGCAUACAUCCAUCCUGAAUAAAUACCCACCUGAGGAGUUCCACGGGGAAAGAGAGGCUAAAGGGCCACCAAUGCGCUGGAAGUGCCACAUCCGUGCAUUAUCUUUAUAAAUGAACUGCAUAUUUGCAAUUUAAACAGCUACAUUCUUGCCUGAAAAAUCUCAAAAAUACAUUAUAUGGCCCAACAGCUGCAGUAUUUAUCAAACUGUAGUGAGUUUAGUCCUAGGUUUGGCACUCGCUGCAGGCGGAGGGAUACACAUGGGUUGAGUAAAGAGGCUGAAAGAGUGCUGAUGCUACUAGAAUAUAUACACACUUGAGGUCAGAAUUAUUAGCC